AUGCCCCGUCGGAUGCGAUUUCUCCAUGUGGCCUUGAGCGUUGGCUUGGCAGUAACAGGGUGUCUACGUGUUGAAAUCGGCUGCCAAUGGGUAGCUGCAGCUGCUUCAAGGGACAACCCUGAAGACCUCACAGUCUCUCGCUUUGCCUCCCAGCUUGCAGUCAAGGCUGACGCGGCUAGUCUUGUAGCAUGGCAACAGGAUGUCGAGGACAGCUUGCAGCAGUUUCGACACCAACUGAAGAGUGACUAUCCUCUGCCGCCCACACCCGAAUCGCUGCACACGAAUGCCAUAUUUUCUCUGAGGGAAGCACCUGGAGAGAGAUUCCGCUAUGUGUCACACGUAACGCCUCGUAUCUUUGACUUCUUUUCGAUCGACACGAAGAAAAAGCGGAUGGUUGAAGCUGACAUCUUCUAUACUGAGGCUCGACAGUCCCAGUUGCGGGCUCUUAUCGAUACGAGGUCCACUGACUCCUCUUCAGCUAUGUUAACGUUACAGAAGGGUGUGGGUGAUAUGAAUCUCGAGCAGCUACAAACUUUUGAAUCCAAGGCAACAGAGGAGCUCGAAGCAGCAAGGAAGGUAGUAGAGGACUUGGAGCGAGCUGAUGCUGAAACUGUGAAGCAGACGACACAGGCUGGGCGGCUGUUGCAUGAAGCGAGGGCUGGAAUUCUGCAGUCGGGGAAGGAAGCAAACAGUUUGAGGAAGGGACUGCAGCGUCUGGGUAUACAGUUUCAACACCUAGUAGCUAGCAGCGGAGUGGAGCUGCAGUCAUCCGUAGACUACAUGAAACGCGCCCAGGAGGUCUUGUCCAACUUGACCAAGUCUUACAACGCGGGCAUGAGCGAAUUAAAGCGGAAAAAGGCCAUUCUAGAGCGUAUGGCGGAGGCGAUGAAGAUUCCCACUUUAUUUGAAGAGGUGAUGAGACGCCUGAGAUAUUCACAGGCAGCCAUUGAUAAGGUAAUGAAAUCCGCACCAUCCGCGGAGGAGAAGGGUAAUAUGUUGAAACUCCAAGAGUUGAUGGUACGCCUAGACGAAGAAAGGGCUAAGAUACGAGAGGCAGGCAAGGAAGGAAAUGCUCUCAUUACUGACAUGGCAGCGACAGAGGCGCGCCUGAACGCAGCGAUCGACCAAGCAACCAGCAAAGCCAUGAAGGAUGAAGGGCAAGUUCACUUGCAAAAAGUACAGGAUCAGUUGGUAGGAAUGCGGAGUAGCCUGACGGAGAAUUUGAAAAAGGCGGAGUCCUUGCUCUCCUCCGCCACCUCAGAAAUCUCGAAUCACCUUGAGAAUUGCCUGGAAUUUUGCAAAACAGCUAUUGAAUCCAGCGAGGCGUGGUUGAAGCAGGCAGUGGAGCAACAAAAGAACUUGCGCAAGACGCUUGUCACGAAGCAGGAAGAAGCAGCUGCUGCUCAGAAUGCGGCUCGUCAGCUCAAGCGGGUGCUACUGGAAGACAUUGCAGACGUCCAGUCGAAACUGGCCUCUGGAGCAGCAGAUGCAAUCCAGCUGGAGGCCCAGUACUCGCUGAAUGCCCACAAAGAUACAGCUGAAGCUUUGUUGCUUAAAGCAGAUGAAGCCGUAAAACGGAUAGAAAUUGAGGCGGCGAAUGUUCAGGCGCAUGCAGCAUCUGUUUACGACAAAGUGAAGGAGACCUUGCAUACUCUUAGCAGUUCGGAGAAACUGGCAUCAGAAUUGGCUAGCAAAGCAAAAGAGCAGCAGAAGGCGCUGCUAGAACAAAAUCUUCAAGGCAAGGAAGCCGUGGAGGCUGCCUCUGAGGCUGAGAAGGCAGGACGAAGAUCUGCUACUGCUUCAAUGCUUGCAGACAGGAGCUCAAGCCUUUCUAAUGCCUUGACGAUGCAGGUGGAGGAGAUGAAGGCAGCCAUGAAAACGAUUGACGACUCUCUCGUCUCUAUGCAAGGAUCCAACACGGAUGAGGCACAGAAAGCUGAAGAGGCCGCGCUCACCGCUAAGGAGCUGAAGAAAUACCAAGACCAGGCGGUGGAUAACAUAACAGAAGCGGAUAAGUACCUGACGCAGGCCAAGCAGACGAAGGCACAGAUGAAUCUUGCAGAAGACAAGCUAAGCAAAUUGAUCAAAGAAUUUCACGAGGCUUUGAAACAGAAUUCAAUAGAGCUUGUGUUGAAAGAUUUUGGUGGAGACAGUACAGCGAAGUCACCGGCGGGGAAAGAAGAUUCCACUCAAGGAGGUCCAUACCCUGCAGGCAGCGGGGAACCGAGCCGACUGGUUUCUCUUGGAGCGUCUGUGCAGCAAGACGUUGGACAGCUGCUAAACUUUGCAUCUGAGAUGAUGAAGUGGGCGGACGAAUCUGAAAAGGCACAACAACAGGCGCUGUGGGACUAUACCAACCUGCGGUUGUCAUCUUUGAAGGCAAGCUUGGAAACUGGGGAUGGCGCAGCUUGGGAAGGGAAGGAGGGACAGCACAGCGGUGCAGAGGGGGACUUGCUGCCUACGACAGUAAUCAAAAAGAUUAAGCAAAAUCCAACCGAACUGCUGGAGUUCAGGAACCAAGGAGGAGGCAUCGCGGCCAUAAGGGACGUUGUAGAUGGGGUGCUGCAGCAGCUUUUCAGUAUUCUCUCCCUUGCUGAGGGUCGGCUCACAGAUCUUCUCAACAUUGGCGUGCCUGAACUGGAAAAGCAUAUGGCAUCUGCCCAAACAGCAGCAGAGGAGCUAUACAAAGAGAAGGCCGAGGCCGCAGCCGCUGGUGGGGUGCAGGCCGGAAUUCUUAGGUUCUUAGAGAGUCUCUUAUGGGCACUCCACCUUUGCGAGUCAGACGCUUACGACUAUCCAUUUAGUCUUGCGAUAGAAGAUCACGAUUCCGCGUUGGCGGUGGCCUUCGCCUCCUGCGUACAGCGUGCGCGGCAGCUGGCAACUGGGCUGCAUGUUGUCGCCGACGAAGUGGAGAGCUGUUCCCGUGAUGUCGGCUCCACUUUAAAGGAGCUGAAAACCUUCAGAAGCCUGCAUUCCCUCACUCCUUCAGAGGUGGCAACGGAAACUAUGCAGACCUCGAGAGUAAGAAGCCUUUUGUCUACUUCUGACUCGUCUGUGGCCAUUCGCCGAUUGUCUGAAAUUUCUAGCUCCGAUAUCAGCAUUCCCUCUUUGGAUGAAAUGGCUCGUCUUUCCGAGGACCUUGCGGCUAGAGCUGCAGAUGCCAAGAAUGGACUUGUAAAUCGCGUUGCACAUCUCAAGGCCCUAUCAGAGUCUGGAGUAAAUGAUCCUGCACCCUUGCCUGAGACGGGGUACAUAGAUCCCUUACCCAUCCCAAGUAGCUCUGCUCCGCAGCAGCCCGAGAAAUCGACUCAUGGGACCCCGCCUGGAGGAAGCUCUUCAGGAAAGAACGAUAAGAAGGGCGGAAUUAGCAACCCUACAGUAUUUUUGGCCGUAGGCGUCGCUGGGGCAAUUCUAUUGUUUGUAGCUCUGUCCUUCUGCGGGUUGUACGCAUACAAAAAGCGGCAGAAGCGACUUAGCUGCCGAAAGCAAGUGGAUUCUUCAUCUGACCAGAUGCGCAACAAACCACCAGACGCUCCCGGAGAUUCAGUUGUCUGCAAGCCCACCUUUGGCCUCUAUAAAAUAUCUCUAGAGAUGGAUGAUCCUGGGAUGCAGGCGCACAUGCAACAGGUAAACUCUCGGGCAAAUGCUGGCGAAGGUGCUCGCGGGUUGAUCCCGGCAGUUGUCAGUGUCCCCGCGAGGGAGAUCAGUAUGGGCGACUUGGAGACGGGAAAAAUAGACACUACCAAAAAGCAAUACUUUAUAGAUGAGCAUCAUUUAGUGGCCAGAGAACUUAGCAAGAUUCAACCUUCUAGGUGUCGCACACCCCUAGCCUUUGUUGUCUCCUCAACUCCUGUAGACGCAGAGCCCCCCGGGCCGACCUCUGCCACCACAGGCGUACGUACACCACGCUUGUGGGAGUCCGAUCAUACUGAGGAGUCUGUCCAGGGGCGCUCUGCCUCCCCAUCUGUGGAGCAUCAUCGCCAAGAGCCGAAUGACGAGCAACAACAAGAGCAAUCUGGGGCUGAGGAGCUUCGCGAACUUGAGGGUGAAAUGGAGUUGAACUUGGAAACUCCAGUGGAUGACGAAACGCCCAGGUCUUAG